AAGGCAGAACUCUGGUUGUCUAUGAAUCAGAACAGGCUAUUCUGAAAAUUGAUCCCUUGACUUUAGGGGGGCUUGUAAGCCCUGUUGAUCCAAGUUCAGUUUGGACUUCUAAAACUGUUAGAGACAUCACUCAAGGCGAGAUGGGCAAAGAAGUGGCCCGUCGAUACCUUAGGGAACUUGAAUCUAUGGGGAGUAGUGGGAAGGUUGGCUUCCUUAGCUUUCUUCAAAGCGAAUUGCAGACAGACCCCACACCAAAGAUUGCAACACAACCGACUGAUGACCAGAAUGUUGACACUGCCACUCACUAUUCCGAUAGAAGUGAACCAGUGGAGCCCAGUAGCGCUUUUAGCCCUAAAAAGGUCUGCAUGGAUGAGAGCCUUUACAACCCUCUUCAUGUUCAGAAGGUAGUAGUUGAGCACAUUGUACGUAAUGAGCCAACUUACACAUCACACACAAGAAUACGCACCUUCUCAGGUCGAAUUCCUAGGCCCAACGGUGAAGUGGAUUAUGAGACAUGGCGCAGCCAAGUUGAUCUCUUACUCAGUGACUCUUCUUUGACUGAUGCACACAAGGUGAGGAGGAUCCUUGAGAGCUUGCUCAGCCCUGCUUCUGAAAUCGUAAAGCCCCUUGGUGUUGCUGCGCCACCAAACGCUUAUGUAGAUCAGCUUGAAUCUGCUUUCGGUGUUGUCGAAGAUGGAGAAGAACUCUUCACUUCCUUUCUUUGCUCGAACCAAAACAGCGGAGAAAAAUCCUCUGCUUUCUUAAGUCGCCUCCACAGUCUUCUCACCAGAGUAAUUUCUAGAGGAGGGGCAGCUGCUACGAAUGCAGAUGGGCUGCUCCUUAAACAAUUUAUUCGGGGUUGCUGGGACCAGAGUUUGAUAAUAGGUCUCCAACUUGAAGGGAAAAAGGGUUCUCCUCCCUCAUUCCCCGACCUCCUUCUCAUGCUGAGGACAGAAGAAGACCGACGAUCAGCCAAGUUUGAUCGUAUGAAGAAACAUUUGGGUGCAACAAAGGCUGCUGCACACGCCCACUCUGCAUUUAGCAUUCCGGUCUUUGACCAAGUACCGCUUGUAGGCCCCACUUCAUCAGAUGACAAAACUGUGAAACUUGACUUGAAAAUCAAUGAACUCAUGAGCCAAGUCGAAAAGUUGAGCAAAAAAGAGAGAGACACCACCCUACUGACAAACUCCCCCGUAUCUCCACAACCCAUUGAACAACCCCCAAACGAAACCGCUAAACUUGAAAAUCAAAUUGCUGAGUUGACCAAACAAGUUCAAAUACUUGUCCAGAACCAGAGGGUUACAUGCAAAUCCGAAACCCCAAAUCUGAAGGAGCUCUCGGCUGUGAAUAUGAGACAAACACAAACCUCUGCUAGAAUCCCUGGAAUGCCGCGUGCAUGGUUUUGUUUCAAGUGUGGGGAAGGAAAUCACAUAGCAGCCCACUGCACAAAUGAGCCAAACCCCACUCUUGUCAAAGAAAGGAACGCCGAGUUGAAGAAGAAACAAACAGACUUUGCUGCAAAACAAACUACAGCUCCUUUUGCUUUAAACUAGUGACAGCUCCUGCGGUGGGACGUCCAAGAGCUGAAACCCUUGAUUCCCUGAGUCCCAAAUCCCUGGGCAUGGAACGACAAACCACGUGCCAAACCCAACCUGUUGAUAUUCUCAACCCUCAAUCGAAAUUACCGCAGGGUCUUAUAGGCCCACGCUGUGCAGCCUCUGUACUUGUUGAAGGUACACCAUGCGAAUCCAUAAUAGACUCCGGUUCACAAGUGACGACAAUUUCUGAAACUUUUCACAAAGAGCACCUUUCCCAUCUUCUCAUCCAACCCAUCCACACUAUUCUUGAGAUUGAAGGAGCUGGGGGACAAAAUGUCCCAUACUUAGGCUACGUUCAAACAAACAUUUCAUUCCCACAGCACUUAGCAGGAAAAGAGCAGCAAUUAGUCGUACUCGCACUCGUGGUUCCUGAAUGCCACUUCAACAGUAGGAUCCCACUGCUGAUUGGGACAAAUGUGCUUUUGCGACUUCAUGAGCAGUUAGUAGAGCAAAAUGGGCCCAAGUUUAUUCAGAUAUUGCCUUCUAAACAGUUUGCAAUGAUCCUCCAACAUGUCGCCCAGGCACAGAGAAAUGAUACACAUUCCUACCCUGUCAUGCUGCAUAGUAAGAAGCCAAUCACCAUCCUUGCAAACCAAAAAUUGUGUCUCAUGGGGAAUGUGAGAUUAGGACGGAAGAGCCAGAACACAAGAAUCGUUAUUGAACAGCAUGACCAGUACAGAUUACCAGGAGGGCUGCUAAUUGAAUCAGCUUUAGUGGACAUCCCCUUUAGGGCCAGUACCAAAGUACCGGUCAUAGUGCAUAAUGUGAGCGAACAUAGUGUGACCUUGCGGCCCACUAGUGUCGUGGCUCAAGCUUGUGCAGCCCAACUGGUUUCCCCUUUGGAAUCUGUGCAAUCUCAGUUUUCCCCAAGUCAACCGGAACAGGAACCCAAUGGAUCCCCAUUCAGUCUUGAUGAGUCUCCUAUCCCACAUGAAUGGAAAGAGCGCAUCCAGAAAAAGCUACAAUCGAUUUCUGAAGUUUUUGCCCUUGAUGAAGUGUCGUAUGGCCACACCACUGCUGUAAAACAUCAGAUCCGGUUACAUGAUGAGACACCUUUCAAAGAAAGGCCAAGACCUAUCCACCCGAGUGACAGAGAAGCAGUGAAACAGCAUCUCAGACAGUUACUCGAUGCUGGAAUAAUUCGUGAGUCUCAAAGCCCUUUCGCUUCACCCAUUGUCUUGGUUAAGAAAAAGAAUGGCUCAAUUCGCCUAUGCAUAGACUACCGCAAGCUAAAUCUGAGGACCAUUAGAGAUGCAUACGCCCUACCGAAUAUUGAAGAGACAUUCGCGGCUCUCAGUGGAGCAAAGUGGUUCUCUGUCAUGGACCUUAAGUCCGGCUAUUACCAAGUCGAAGUAGCCGAAGAGGACAAGCCCAAGACGGCUUUCGUGUGCCCCCUUGGCUUCUAUGAGUUUAACAGGAUGCCACAAGGCGUCACAAAUGCCCCGGGCACUUUCCAACGCCUCAUGGAGAAGUGCGUUGGUGACCUCCACCUCAAUGAAGUGCUUGUUUUUCUGGAUGAUCUAAUUGUGUUCUCAGACACAUUAGAGGAGCACGAAAACAGAUUGAUGAAGGUGUUGUCACGUCUCAGAGACUAUGGACUUAAGUUGUCUCCAGAAAAGUGCCAAUUCUUUCGAGAUUCAGUGAAAUACUUAGGACAUGUUGUGGAUGCACGUGGAGUUCAUACCGACCCUGACAAAAUCUCAGCUUUGAAAACCUGGCCACGCCCAUCUUCUUUCAAAGAAUUGAAGUGUUUUCUAGGCUUCGCUGGAUACUAUCGCCGUUUUGUUGAAGGAUACUCCAAGAUAACUAAACCUCUUAACCGCCUCACUGCACACUAUCACCCACCAAAGAAACGAGGGAAGAUUUACAAACGAGAGCCAUCCCAGUUGGCCCGUCAUCCUAUUCAGUCACUUGCUGAUAUUUGGACUCCAGAGUGUGAGGCGGCUUUCCAUUCGAUCAUUGAGAAACUUACCACAGCACCAAUUCUUGCUUUUGCAGACCCACAGCUUCCAUACGUACUACACACUGACGCUUGUCGGGAUGGUUUAGGAGCUGUGCUCUAUCAGCAGCAGGGAGGAAAGCUUCGAGCAGUUGCAUAUGCUAGUCGGGGGCUUUCCAAAAGUGAACAAAAUUAUCCCACACAUAAACUCGAAUUCUUGGCCCUCAAGUGGGCCGUGUGUGAUAAGUUUCAUGAUUACCUGUAUGGUUCCUCUUUUGUUGUCCUAACUGAUAAUAAUCCCCUAACAUAUGUCUUGACAAGUGCCAAACUGGAUGCGGCUGGACACAGAUGGUUGGCUGCCUUGUCUACGUAUCAUUUCACCAUCAAGUACCGGGCAGGUCAAGCAAACAAAGACGCUGAUGGCUUGUCUCGUCGGCCACAAGAGCCACCUCACGAAGAUGAGGCUUUUUGCAAGGAGAGAGCUCGUAUUAGUGACAUGAAAGAACGCCUCAUUGAAACGUCCAGCCAAGUGGACCAUGAAACUUUCACUGCAUUGUGUCAGCGCCAUUCUGUUCCAUUUCCAUCAGGACCGGUUGUUGUUGUGGAGUCCCUAGCUAUUGACCCUUCAGUAGUUCCUGAAGCCUAUGGGGAAGACAUCUUGCCCUCAAUGACAGAUGCCGAUUGGCGUAGGGAACAAAGAGUCGACCCUUCUAUUGCUCGCGUCAUAACCUUGUUAGAAGGAGGCGUGAAACCUGGACCCAAGGAAACGAAUCGUGAAUCUACUGAUGUUAAAGCCAUGCUAAACCAAUGGAACAAACUGGAGCUCAGUAAUGGGGUGUUAUAUCGGAAGUGUAAAGACAAAGAUUCACCUGUCUACCAGUUGGUGUUACCUCAUCAGUAUCGUGAAAGAGCCUUGCGAGGUGUACAUGAUGAGGUUGGCCACCUUGGCUUUGACCGUGCCCUACAUCUUGCACGAGCGAGGUUUUACUGGCCAAAAAUGGCAAGGUCCAUUGAAGACAAAUGCAAAAGAUGUCCCCGAUGUGUCAUGAGGAAAGGCAUUCCCCAGAGGGCUGCUCCACUGGAGAACAUCCAUGCAACUUAUCCCCUUGAAUUAGUGUGUAUGGAUUACUUGUCCAUUGAGCCAGACAGCCGAGACACAAGAAACGUGUUAGUAUUGACGGAUCAUUUUACGAAAUUCGCUAUAGCAGUACCUACGAGAGACCAGAGAGCUAAGACAGUAGCCAAAGCUCUUUGGGAUAAUUUGAUCAUUCCCUAUGGUUUCCCUUGUCGCCUGCUCAGUGAUCAAGGUAGAGACUUCGAAUCUAAGUUAAUCAAGGACCUUUGUGAGUUCGUCGGGGUAAAAAAAAUUCGUACCACUCCAUACCAUCCCCGGGCAAACCCAGUAGAACGCUAUAAUCGGACCCUGCUCGACAUGUUGGGCACACUAGAGGAGAAGAACAAAUCCCAUUGGCGAGACUUUGUGAAGCCUCUGACGCAUGCCUACAAUUGUACCAAAAAUGACACAACAGGGUAUUCCCCAUAUGAACUAAUGUUCGGCAGGCAGCCUCGAUUGCCCAUUGAUCUUGUCCUUGGUACUUACCCCGGUCGAGGUGGUCCCAAAUCGUAUUCAGAUUAUGUCCGAAUUCUUCGUGACAACCUCCAGGAGAGCUACGCUCUUGCUUCCGAACACUCAAAGAAGAUGGGUGAGAAGAACAAAACACGUUUUGA